AUGGCUUCGAGCGGCCCAGGCUAUGCGGAGCCCACCAUUUUAACUCAAAUACGGUUGGGAAAAUUGGUGUAUUGCAAGGAGUGCGGCGGUUUUCGCCCCCCUGGUCAACAUGCUCACUCUCGCCGACAGAUCAGACCCGCACCACGGCCUUCUACCGUUACUCAUAACUCGACUACAAAUUCGGAACCACCACGGAGCGGACGCGCAAGGCAUAGUCAACCACCGGUUGAACUGGACGCGCAGGAGCAGGAAAAUCGCGACGUCGAUCCACGCGAGCUACCAGCAAGUCCGGUACCCAUGACCCAUCAAGGAGCAAACGAUGAGUCGUCGCGUUCUACCACCGGAGCGGAUGGUCCUGUCGCGAGCGAUGAAGACAUUGGUCGACUAGAUGGGACACAGGGGGACAGCAGGGGACCAACUCCUCCCCCUGCCGCCGGCUUGAUGCAACCAACACCCGCUGAACUUCCCCAGCCUCCCGUAACCACCGGAAGACAGCAAAGCCCAUCUGGGCGUAGAUAUUAUGUUGAGAGGCAGCCAAGGGACCGGAAUUCAGAGCAACGACUUGUCCAUCAACACCCACAGUCCCGGCAGCAAAAUGGUGCACAACAAGUGGAGGUGACCACGGGGCAUCAAAUUUGGAUAUUAAAUCAGCCGCGGUGA